AUGGAGAAGGACAUUGAAGCAAUAUCGGCCAGCCCCAGUGGCAGCUCCGACUUCUCUCAAGGAAAGGUUGAAUUCCCUCUAGCACCCACCUCGUUCGGUCGCUUCAUCGACGGUUUCAAAUGGAAUCCCCAUGCUCGGGUCACAGCCCAGGCUAUUGACGCCAAUGGCAGGGUGCUCCCAGAUCAGCCUCCUGCCGAGCCGGCUUUGGCUAUGAAGUUGAAGCAACGACAUCUGCAGAUGAUUGCGAUUGGUGGUUCGAUUGGAACUGGCCUCUUUGUGGGUUCUGGGUCCGCCCUUGCGAACGGAGGUCCUGCAUCAUUGAUUAUUGCGUAUGGCCUGAUAGGCGUCACGUUGUACUGCACCACCCAUGCUCUUGGCGAGCUCGCGGUGCAGUACCCUGUCGCUGGAGCAUUCUCUGUUUACGCUAGCAGAUUCGUGGAUGAGGCUUGGGGAUUCGCAAUGGGCUGGAACUACGCCCUCCAAUGGCUGGUUACUCUUCCGCUUGAGAUUGUCGCCGCGUCGCUUACACUCGAAUUCUGGCCGGGUAGCCGGGAUGUCAAUGGGGCCGCUUGGGUAACUAUUUUCCUAGUGGCCAUCAUCAUCAUCAAUUUCUUCGGCGUCAGAGGCUACGGCGAGGCUGAGUUCGUCUUUUCGAUCAUAAAAGUCAUCGCUGUCAUUGGCUUCAUCAUCCUCGGGAUUAUUAUCAACACUGGUGGUGUCCCAGGGGACCAUCGAGGCUAUAUCGGCGCUCACUACUGGCAUGACCCAGGUGCUUUUAAUCACGGAUUCAAGGGCUUGUGCUCCGUUUUUGUCACAGCCGCCUUCUCCUUUAGUGGAACCGAGUUGGUAGGGCUGGCUGCCGCCGAGACCGAGAACCCUCGUAUCGCGCUACCUACUGCUGUGAAGCAGGUCUUCUGGAGAAUUGCCCUGUUUUACAUGGUAUCACUCACCAUUGUGGGCGUCCUCGUCCCCUACAAUGACCCCCAGCUCUUGAACGGCAGCUCCUCAUCGGACGCCAACGCCUCCCCAUUCGUCAUUGCCGUUCGCAACGCCGGUAUUGAUGCGGUUCCUUCUAUCAUGAACGUCGUCAUCCUCAUUGCGGUUCUUUCCGUCGGAAACUCCUCUGUGUAUGGAUCCAGCCGUACUCUGGCUGCUCUAGCGGAUAUAGGACAAGCCCCUAAGAUAUUGGGCUAUGUCGACCGCGAAGGCCGUCCGUUGGUUGCUAUUAUUAUUUCUUCCCUCAUCGGAUUUCUGUGUUACAUUGUCGCGGCUGGUCCAGACACCACAACUCAAGCUUUCAAUUGGAUGAUUGCCAUUAGUGGCCUUGCUUCGAUUUUCACCUGGGGCACAAUUUGUCUAUGCCACAUCCGCUUUCGCAGCGCCUGGCGCCUUGCCGGCCGAACCUUGGACGAACUCGCCUUCAAGUCACAAGCCACAGUGUACGGCUCAUGGUUGGGCUUAAUCAUGAACAUUCUGAUUCUCGUGGCGCAAUUUUGGACCGGCUUUGCACCAGUUGAUUAUGCCGAGAUGUCUGCUUCGGAGCUCGUGGAGAGCUUCUUUGAAGUCUACCUUGCCGCCCCCAUCGUCAUUGCCAUGUAUGUUGGCUAUAAGCUCGUGAAGAAGACCAAACUCCGAAGGACCAGCGAGAUUGAUAUUACGAGUGGGCGAAGAGAAGUCCCUAAUCUAAUGGAGAUUCUAGAGGAGGAGCGCAGAGUUCAAGCCACUUGGCCAUGGUGGAAGAAGAGCUGGAAGAUGGUAUGCUAG